GAUCGCAUGCACAGUUUGUCUUUUUUGUGGUUUCGUGAUUCCUGAGACUUUUGUUUUGGUACCGCGAAGUUUUAAACCUAACCCAUUUCUACAUGGGAGACCCACUACACGUACUCGUGAGGAAUCGAAAAUUUACGUUAUUAAUUUCCGACCUAACGCAGUCGCUGCAAAAGGUGCUGCCAAACACUAAACACUGCGCAGCGGAUUUGACAGAAGUGGAUGAAGUUGUGAACUCGCUUGUGAGAAUUCUAGAUGUUGCCGCCAGCUAUGAAGGAGAGCCUGUUCAGCCGGACAUAGAUCAAUUAAAACACAAGUUAAAAGUGGCAAUUGCUGAACUGAGAAAUGGAUGCUCUGAGGCCCCAUACACGUCUUCUAUCUUAAGCCAAGCCCUUUCAGCCUCGAUUCAACUGCUCGUUGCACUGGAGAAAUUGGAAAGAACAAGUAUAGAAAAGGCCCAUCAUGUUGCGAUCCAACGCAUCCGAGCAAUGGAAUCGUUGGAUGCAUCGCAAGAGGGGGAUAUUGUGCCAGUUCUCCUUGAGGCACUGCGAAGUGUGCUCCCAUUUCUUCGGGGGGUUCAGGCUCGUACUUCAUCGCUUUCCGAAAGGGGCCUCUAUGAGCGGCUCUUUGACAUCUCGGCUAUCCAGCGCUUCUACCUGCAGUUUCUGGCGGACACUCUCAAGCUUUUCGUGGAACAUUUCAACAGCAGAUAUAUGAAGAUACUAUGGUACUUCUGCAUUUGCCAAGCUUGCCAGUGGUUGUCCAAGUUGUGCGGCGCUGCGUGCGGGACGUCUUCACAACACGCUCUCGACGGUUGGAUGGGCGCUUUUGUUGAAAAAGUGGACGAGGCACUCUACAGGCUUUCUCGGGAAGUUGACGAAACGUUUUUCUCCGCCGUGGAUUUUGUUGUUGGUCACGGAAUGUCUGUAGGCCAACUUUGUAAAGAGGACAGCAGAGAGAAGCUGCAUCUCGUGUGCAAGGAGGUUCUUCAAGUAAAACUGAAUUUGAAGAACGCUGUAGGCCAGACGCCCAGGGAGAAGCUGGAUGAUCUGCAGCACCAUAUGAAGUCAUCCUUGGAAAAUUUUGAAGAAGUGGUGAAUAUUGCUCUCGUUGAGCUGCUAGUUGAAAACUACAUGAAGCCAAGUUCAAGUUUUAGCAAGCUGUUGGAAAGUACCCGCCAGUGCUCAAUGGGUGAGGCUAAUAGCAGUGUAGCCAACAAGUCGGAUUUGCUUGUCGGCGAGCUCAACAGCUUCUGCUCGGCACUGGACUUGACGUACAGCAUUGCCCAUUUGGCUGCAGGCUGCACAACAGACGUCAGGUCUGUGAGCAGGCUCUGGAACCACCUCCAUCUGAUGGAGUCACUUGAUCCGGAGCUUGUGGCUGCGGUCGUGUCGCUUGGGGGAGACAAGGACGAUGCACUUUCGAAGGCUCUGGGGCAGUUGCAGUGUGCCUGGGACUACCAUGUUCACAACCUCUUCAAGAGCCUCUUGCUGAUGACUGACCAUGAAGCUUUCUUCUCCUGUCUUGACAGCUCAAUCAAGAGCAGCAUUGCUGUCUUGGCGGACGGUUCCCUGGAUGAGAGUGGUCUUGCCAGCGUAACAGGCGAUGUGGCCUCAAGAGUGGGUUCGGCUGCAGACUUGGCUGCAUUGUCGUUUGAGGGAAAAUCCCUACCAGAUUCCCUGCAAACAGCCGUGGAGCAUCUGUUGGUCGCUCGAAAUGCCCUGAAGUCCACACCUGCAGACAAGGCCUUGAAGCGGGCAAAGGUCGUCCGUGGAUGCGUCAAGAGAGUCCAGGAAGAGCUAAAUGUCCACCUGGAGUCUGUGUCAGUCACAUCUUCAAGCUGUGCAAGUCGCUUGAUAAGGGGCAUAACAACAAUUAAUGCGACAGUGAAUGCAACCUCAACUGCAUCAGGGGACCAAACGCCAGUAUGCCACCAUGAAGGAACACCCCCACUUGACUUGGACCUCACUGUGCUGCUCGAAGGGAUGCAGUCGACGAGGGUUGACGAGCCGUCCGUUCGAGAAGAAACUCUCAGGGGCACACCUGGGCAUUGCCCCCCUGAACUUUCUUUCAGGGCUCUACACAGAAAUGUGCCGGAAAUAUUGAGUAGAGUCAAGGACAGCAAUCGCCUCGCUGGACAGGGCAUCGACUCAACUGCUUCAGACGCCGGCUGGAAACAUGCCCUCCAGCGCUCGCUCUGGCUGUCUGACAGGAACUCCUUCAGGGGUGCAUCGAGAGGAGAUGGCUGGAUACAGAACAACAGCACUAUUCACACACUUGUCGGCGAAAUUGAAGCAAUUGUUACGGAAUUGUGCUCUGGCUCCAAAGUGCUUGAGGGAAAGGAGGAGGUGACUGCAGCUGCGGAGAGACUGUCCCAGGCAGGAAGAAGGCUCUCAGACGAAAUUGUGGUCAUGUGUUCUCAUCUGGAGUCAGUCAAGGAAAACCACAAGUUACAUGCUGAAGUAGAAAGAGUACAGCAAGAGAUCAACUUCACGGCUCGCCAGUUGCAUCUCUUCACGGCCAUCGAUGAGGGUUCCAGCGCGAACAAUGUUGGAGUUGCACCGUUGGCACGUAACUUGCUCCUUCUGGCAGUGGAGGCUUCGAGGAUGUUGUCAAUAUUGUCCACGCAGCAUUGCAGAGGAAAUGCUGAAGACAAGAAGGCACAAAUUGGUCUCUUCCCUUGUCUGGACCAUUCCAUUAGUGUGUUACAGAACGGCAGCAGUAGCUCGGCGUAAUUAUGGCCAAGGAGGAAAAACAACUGGGCAACAUCUUGUUUCUCAGUGUUCAGUGGGGAUUGUGUUAAAGUGAUUGUCGUUAUUGUUGUAUUGUAUAGUGUUUACAUAUUUACUCCUCAAUAUAUCCACUGUAAAGUCCGUAAUGUUUGUCAGCCCUUAAAUUUUGCAAAUUGGGAAAUUCACAAACUUUAAAUGCAUGCAAAUAUUUCUUAAUCUAAAACUUUAAAAUACAAAGUAAUUAAACAAUGGAAAGCACAACAUAAAAUCUUGUGUUGCGCUGUGAUGUCCAUAAUUUUAGUUCUCUGCACCCCAAGAUUUUAGAUUAUGAUGUUUCCUAAUCAGCUUGCCUGCAUGCUUCUGCUUCUUGCAACGUAUUUGCAGCUUUUCAGAAGCUACAAAAAAUGUGUAUCAUAAUUUUUUCUAUUUUUAAUAUUGAGUAUGUUCCUUCGACGACCCACGACUAAUUAUAUUUGAUGUGUGUGUCAACCACAGAGAAUGGCAUGUGACCACGGAAAAGGGGUGGGUGCGACUCAAACCGGCCAGUUCUUGAUCGGCGAUUUUCGGGUGGAAAGAAAAUUAAUUUAGAGCCACAGAUUGUGUUCUGGGUAGUUGGGCUCGUGUGUCAUGUACAAGUAAAAACCUUGGCAAGCGUAGAUACGUUGUCAGUGUCUCUUUAAAGGGACGAUGCAACGAUUUUCGGACCAAGUCCUAUUGUGGGAAUUAGUCUGUCACUUAUAGAAUGUAGGCUACAAAACAAUUUUUGCUUACAUGUGCUAGCUUGUACUAUUUUAAAAACAUGUAGGAGAUAGAAGUUUGUGGUGCCCUCAGUUCUUACACCAUCUUUAUGAAUUACGUGCGCAGUGUUGGAUCACUGGUGUCAAAGAGCUUCCGGUUGUGUUCUCGGACAAGCUCGUGAGCUCCCUUCGGUCUCCAGUGGUCCAGAAGUUUUCAUUUCCAAUCAGAACACUUGUCAAGCUCUGGUUCGAUCACUCCAGAACACCACAACCAUUUGGCAUCGCUGAUGUUGACGGCAUGUAGCCGAUCUUAAUUGAGCAACAAAACAUAAGUGUUAACAUGUGUUCUUGCCCGUUCAUCACAAAAGCAGCGGAGAGAUGGUUUUGUUGACUUUGGGUAGAUGGCGCCACAGACGUUUCAUCCAAGGAUUCUUGACAACGAUAAAAGGCUUUUGACACAUUCAUGCAAGACUUAUUAAAGUUAGCUUUAGACUGAGCAGACAAUUUCACAACUUGCUCAUUCACAACAGUGUACUCGCGACGACAUCGCGCCGUAGUUCCCGUGGCCGCCACAUGCAGCUCUACACCGAGAUGUAGUCUGGUUUUUGCUUUGCGAUUAUAGGGUGGACUUACGAUAUUCCAGGGGGAAAUCAACUUUUUUCUUACUUGUGCUAAGAUAAACAAAAUAAACGUAACACGCUGCAGAUUCUUGCAGCAUAAAAAUUCUUGCACAGCCCCUUUAAAGGGUACGAGAAAAGAGAGGGAAAAUAAAUGAAGGCUGUGGAGAAAUUGGCAGCCUUUUCCCUAUUUUUUUAGUGUUGUUUCUCUGCUGUAUGUUUUUGGUUAUUUAGAAAGUGCUAUUUUUUUUUUCGUUUUGUUAACAUGUUCAUCCAAGUGCCUUCACAUCCAAGUGCCUUCAUCUGUUUUGUUAACAUGUUCAUCCAAGUGCCUUCACAUGGCUUCCUGAUGGUACCAGUGGCUUUAACUUCCGAAGCCUUAUUUGUUGUGUCCCAAAACCACAAGUCUCGAGCAUAAAUCAGAGCUAAUCUGGUUCCAAAGGACACCAGUAAGCACAGAGUUGCGUGAAUCAGCGGCGUAAUCCUUUCUGGUCAUUUGUUGGGCCCUGCUUGGAAACUUCUCAGAAGUUCCAUGAAGCUCUGAAGGCACAGGUAUGAACAAGCAGCUCUUUGAAGUGCUUUAAGUCGCACCCCAAGUGUUCCAGGACAUAGAACUAGUGCCACCUCCAAUGCCGUACGCGUGUAGAGGCAUUGGAGGUGGUACAAGCAUACUGCAUGUAUAUAUAUACAUAAAUACUGCAUGCAUUUAUCCGAGGCUCUUUUCUAAGCAUGUGAAAGUGCUUGGCUUUUUUUUUUAAAGCUUUUUAGAAAUGGAUUUUAAUGUGUUGAAAUGGAAAAGCUCAUAGGUGUACAUGUUGCAUUGGUGUUGCAACAAAAUCUCGUUUUGCCUAAAUAAACGCAUGAGGAAACAAAAAAAGAUUUCUGUCGAUGACUU